AUUAAAGAUAAUAAGGAAUAGGAUUAUGCGACCUCUUUUUGAUGUGUGCUAACAAAAGGAUGUAACUAGAAAAAUAAAAGACAGGUCUAAAGAAAUUAUCCGCUGUGUGAUGUAAUACGACUUCGGUGUGGAGUGGCUCACAAGACUCUUUUCUCGUUUUGCAUUUUAUAGCAUGUUAUGCCACAAUGUGGACUAUUCAAUCAGUUUGUAAUUCAAAAGAAAAUAAAAUGACACCAUUGUGGUAAUCAAAAACCAUCAAUUGAAUGACGAGGUUCGUGUACAUGAAAAUGUGUGUUGUUCGGAAGGACAACGGCUUUCUUCAAUAAUGGUAUGCCAUGUGACGUCAUCAAUGGCUUUAAUUGUGACAGGUUCAGUGUAGACACCGAUGAAAGAAUCUGUGACACAAACGGAAUCUUGUAUCACAACUUCUGUGCAUUCGAUCAAGCCGUUUGUAAAGACAGCACAGUAGUGAUAGACUCUUCAUUCUCAUGUUUACUGUCGCCAGCAACAGCUACGGUUAAACUACCGACAACCACAACCAAAACGACGACGACGAGUACCACAAAAAUGUCUACAACAGCACAAAUCUUAAUAACAGGAACAACGGAUUUACCAACAACAACAACAAAGAAAACAACUUUACCGACGACACAGUUUUCUACCAUAACUUCAAACUUGACAUCUGGCAAUUUAAUGACAUCACAAAUUCCGAGUAAGACAUCGACUAAAAAAAUCCAAUCAACAACAAUGACACAUCUUUCAACGACUGUAAAACCAAAUUCCACGACACCAAAACCCUAUUCCACGACACCAAAGCCACAACCAACGACUCCACAACCGAAUUCAACGACAUCAAAACCCAAACCAACGACUCCACAACCUAAUUCAACGACAUCAAAAUCCCAACCAACGACUCAACAACCUAAUUCAACAAUACCAGAACCCCGCUCAACUACAGCACUGCCUUCUGGAUCAUCAACACUCCAGCCUACACGUAGUCAGUUAGAACAAAUGUUUUGUGACAAUAAAAAUAUAAUUGCAUGUCAUAAUGAUCCAAACAAAGUAUGUGGUACUGAUGGCGUUACAUAUGAUAACAAUUGUGAGUUUGCCAAAGUACAGUGUGACAAUUUCUACCUACAAAUAAAAAACGCUGGAGAUUGCAGUCCAUAGACCAUUUUAAAACCCAAUAAAUAUACGUAUUUCAA